GGGCGUUGGACUCCGCAUCUUAUUAGCAACCAGGGAGAUUUCUCCAUUUUCCUCUUGUCUACAGUGCGGCUACAAAUCUGGGAUUUUUUUUAUUACAUUUUUUUUUUUAACUACACUUGGGCUCCUUUUUUGUGCUCGACUUUUCCACCCUUUUUCCCUCCCUCUUGCGCUGCUGCUUUUUGAUCUCUUCGACUAAAAUUUUUUUAUCCGGAGUGUAUUUAAUCGGUUCUGUUCUGUCCUCUUCACCACCCCACCCCCUCCCUCCGGUGUGUGUGCCGCUGCUGCCGUUGCUGCUGCCGCUGCUGCUGCUCGCCCCAUCGUUACACCAACCCAAGGCUCUUUGUUUCCCCUCUUGGAUCUGUUGAGUUUCUUUGUUGAAGAAGCCAGCAUGGGUGCCCAGUUCUCCAAGACCGCAGCGAAGGGAGAAGCCGCCGCAGAGAGGCCAGGGGAGGCAGCUGUGGCCUCGUCGCCUUCCAAAGCGAAUGGGCAGGAGAAUGGCCACGUGAAGGUAAACGGCGACGCUUCGCCCGCGGCCGCCGAGCCGGGAGCCAAGGAGGAGCUGCAGGCCAACGGCAGCGCCCCGGCCGCGGACAAGGAGGAGCCCGCGACCGCCGGGAGCGGGGCGGCGGCCCCCGCCGAGGAGCCCGCGGCCGCCUCCGCCUCGUCAGCCUGCGCAGCCCCCUCACAGGAGGCCCAGCCCGAGUCCAGUCCAGAAGCCCCCCCAGCGGAGGCGGCAGAGUAAAAGAGCGAGAGUUUUUGAGAUAAUCGAAGAACUUUUCUCCCCCGUUUGUUUGUUGGAGUGGUGCCAGGUACUGGUUUUGGAGAACUUGUCUACAACCAGGGAUUGAUUUUAAAGAUGUCUUUUUUAUUUUACUUUUUUUUAAGCAGCAAAUUUUGGGUUCUUUUUCCCCUCCCCCACAGAUCCCAUCUCAGAUCAUUCUGUUCACCACCAUUCCAACAGGUCGAGGAGAGCUUAAACACCUUCCUCUGCCUUGUUUCUCUUUUAUUUUUUUCUUUUAUUUUUUGCAUCAGUAUUAAUGUUUUUUGCAUACUUUGCAUCUUUAUUCAAAAAUGUAAACUUACUUUGUCAAUCUAUGGACAUGCCCAUAAAUGAAGGAGAUGGGUGGGUCAAAAAGGGAUUUCAAAUGAAGUGAUAGGGGCCACAAUGGGGAAAUCGAAGUGGCGCAUACCAUUGCCAAGAUAAUGUGCCACUAGAAAUGAUGGUGUAAAGGCUUAGUCUUUUUUUUUUUUUUUAAAGAAAAGUUAUUACGAUGUAUUUUGUGAGGCAGGUUUACAACACUACAAGUCUUGACUAAGGAGGAAAGAGAAAAAAAAAAAAACACCAAUACCCAGAUUUUAAAAAAAGAUCAUAGUCUUAGGAGUUCAUUUAAACCAUAGGAACUUUUCACUUAUCUCAUGUUAGCUGUACCAGUCAGUGAUUAAGUAGAACUACAAGUUGUAUAGGCUUUAUUGUUUAUUGCUGGUUUAUGACCUUAAUAAAGUGUAAUUAUGUAUUACCAGCAGGGUGUUUUUAACUGUGACUAUUGUAUAAAAACAAAUCUUGAUAUCCAGAAGCACAUGAAGUUUGCAACUUUCCACCCUGCCCAUUUUUGUAAAACUGCAGUCAUCUUGGACCUUUUAAACACAAAUUUUAAACUCAACCAAGCUGUGAUAAGUGGAAUGGUUACUGUUUAUACUGUGGUAUGUUUUUGAUUACAGCAGACAAUGCUUUCUUUUCCAGUCGUCUUUGAGAAUAAAGGAAAAAAAUCUUCAGAUGCAAUGGUUUUGUGUAGCAUCUUGUCUAUCAUGUUUUGUAAAUACUGGAGAAGCUUUGACCAAUUUGACUUAGAGAUGGAAUGUAACUUUGCUUACAAAAAUUGCUAUUAAACUCCUGCUUAAGGUGUUCUAAUUUUCUGUGAGCACACUAAAAGCGAAAAAUAAAUGUGAAUAAAAUGUACAAAUUUGUUGUGUUUCUUUAUGUUCUGAUAAUACAGAGACUUUAAGGUCUUAGAUUAAUUUUUAGGAAGAUUUGCAUGCCGUCAAGAGUAAAUUUUCUUGUGGUUUUUAAACUGAAGUUUUCAAGCUUUGAAAUUAAACUGUCAGAUUACAUACAGGAAGAUCUUAUAACAUUCCAUGUCAAAUCUGUUACCAUUUAUCCGCAUUAGUUUUCAUUUAAAAAUUGAACAUAAUUAUUUUUAUUGUAGUUAUUUUUAUUGUAGCAUGUCAGAUUAAAUCAUUUAGGAUAAAAGUGGUGUGACUCUAAGACUGUUUAAAUGUCUUAAGAGAAAAUUUCAUAAAACCAUUUUCUUGUCAUUCAGGUCCAGAAACUUAAGUUUUAUACUGAAUGAAAGUCUAUUGAAAUGAAACUGCAGAUGGGUCAUGAAAAGUGACCAAAUGUGCUUCAAGAAUUGAUGGGGUAUUACCUGCCAUUGUAAUUGCUUAGCGCUUGGCGAAUUUCAAAAUUUCUUCUUAGACUGUAUUAUACCUUAAGAAAACAGGUUUAUGUAACAAAGUAAUGGUGUUGAAUGGACGACGUCAGUUUAUGGGUGUUUAGCAUAGCUGAAAACAGUUUUUUCUGUUUUUUUUUGUUUUGUUUUGUUUUUUUGUUUUUUUUUUUUUAGUGAAAGUGUGUUAACAUCUUGUUACUCAAAGGAAAAGAUAGAUUAAUAAUCCUUAGUUUACCUCUUCUGUUAUUUACCACCGUAUAACUGGAUAUUCUUUCCUUCACUGGACCCUAAACUGAAUUGAAUUUUAAGAUAAGUGUCAAAUACCAUUACUUCAUUUCAUUACAUGCAAACUUGUUUAUGCCUGUUUUACUGUUUUUAAGCAGUGUGCAGUAUAGCGUUCGUGAUCAGUGAACCACGUUCGUAACACCUAAAUGCCAAAUCUUAAACUCAUUAGAAAAAUAACAAAUUAGCUUUUUGACAUGCCCUUUUAAUUGGAAUAAGAGAUCAAAAAUAAUGGCUCAUGACCUCUCCUUACCAAACACCUUUCCCACUAACCAAAUAACAUUUGGAAGGGUAUGUAUUUUGGGUUAGGGUUUCUUAAUCUUGGAGGAUGUUUGAAAGUUAAAAAUCAAAUCUGGUAACCAAAGGACUGAUUUAUGAGUCUUUCCCACCUUAACCAACUUUUUUGUCAAAUACCUAGUUGGCCAAGUACAGUGCCUGGUAUGUGGUAGGAUUCAGUAAAAAAAAAAAAAAAAAAAAAAAAAAAAGGCGGAUUUUAAAAAAUAACUCCCAAAGUGUGUAGUCAAAAAAUACUGUGUAGCAAACUAUUAUAUAUUGCUAGGUUUAUUCUUUUAACAGCUGGAAUUUAUUAAGAUGCAUUAUUUUGGUUUUAAUCACUGCCUAAACACUUUGGGUGGUUUGAUGGAGUGGUGGACUUUCCUCCAAGUGAUUAAAUGAAAUUUGACAUUUCUUUUCAUCCAAAGUUUUGUACAUCACGUUGUUUUCUAAUGGAAAAAUGUUAAUAUGGCUUUUUUGUAUUACUAAAAAUAGCUUUGAGAUUAAGGAACAAUAAAUAACUCUUGUACAGCUCAGUAUUGUCUAUUAAAUCUGUAUUGGCAGUAUGUAUAAUGGCAUUUGCUAUGGUUACAAAAUACUUCGUCUGGAUUAUAAUAAUCAUUUGAUCCAAUUCCUUUUGCUUGUAAAAUAAAGUUUUACCAGUUGAUAUAA